AUGUCUGUCAUGGGUCUGCAGACUGACUGUCUCAAGUAUCGAAUUAGGAUGUUUGUUCUCAUCUGGGCGGCUUUCCUCCUCUCUGUGAGCUGCAGCAUUGCUGACGAAGCGGGGGUCAAAGGCAGCAAGACUACAGUGGACACAAGGACACUGAAUGUGACCUGUGAGGAUGAUGUCUCAUUAGAUCUGAGUCAGAAGCCCACAGUGAUUGUUCCUCCGCUGACAGAGGGACAGAAGGCCACACUGACCUGCACUGCUCCUGGUCUCUGCUCUGGAUCAGUUCCUACAAUCACCUGGACGUGGAGAGGAAGAGGAGAGAAAACCACUGAAAUAACAGGAAAUCUAACUGAGAGAAAAACUGAGAAUAUAACUGCUGUCAUUCAGAGACACAGCUCAACUUUGACCUUUAACCCAUUAGCUGAACACCACGGCACCCAGGUCACCUGUAAGGUCGGCUUCACAGGCAACAAGACUACAGAGGAGACGGUGACACUGAAUGUAACCUCUAUCAAAAUAACUGGGAACACAUCUGUGAAGGAAGGUGAUGCGCUGAAUUUGACCUGCAGUGUUGAAGGUUUCUCUUCAUCUGACAUCACAUGGACUGAGCCUGGCUCCAAGAAAAAAUUGAACAAUAGAACGUCAACUCUCUUCAUCAGUAACAUGAGGUCAGAUCACUCUGGGCGGUACAUCUGUACAGCAAAAUACUUGAACACAACUCUGACCACAUAUGCUGACAUAACUGUGACAUGGCAACCAAAGAUCUUAAAUAACUCAGGGUGUGAGAAGUCCAGUCAGUCGAAUGUUGUGACCUGUGUGUGUAUCAGUCACGGGGUUCCCUUACCCACCAUCAAAUGGCCACUGUUGGAGAGCCACACUCAGUACUUUGUCAUUACUACUGUGUUGAACCACACAGUCAACAGCACCAUCACCCUGCCUGUAACAGACCACAGAAACACUGUUGUUGGGUGUGUCAGCAGUAAUGGAAAUGGAGAAGCAAAAGAAAACCUCACUGCCAUGAAAACAGAUAACAAAACACAGCAUCAAGAACAACAGAAUGAUUCGCCCUUCUCGAUUCUACUCAGGAAAUUUUCCUGCAGGAAAAAAGAGAAGAGCUCUGGAAAUCUGGCUGAGAUGGAGAUGGAGAUGGCGACCAUAGAAGCUGUUGUACUGAUAGAUGGUGGUCAAGCAGUGGAAGAAAAUGGGACUCACAACCAAGAGGCAGCUAAAGGUGGGGCAGAGGCUGCUGGGCAGUCGGCCCCUGACGGUGAUGUGGAACCAAAAGAGGUGGAAUACUCAGACAUUGAUUUUUCCAUGUUAAAAAGGAGGAGUCCCGAAGCGGAGACACAAAAUGACACAGAGACUGAGUAUGCUGAAAUUAAGAGAGAAGAAACAGAAGAAGGACAAGACGUUGGUGGGGCCGAAGGUGACAUGUUGGAGAGCAAUGUGGAGGAGGAGGAGGCGCUGAUAGAGAAAGAUAAGGAGACAAGCCAAAGUAUCCCGGCAACGGAGGAGGAAGGAGGAGAGGAUGUGGCAAUGUAUCCCAAUGUGACUUGUCUUCUGAAAGGGAGAUUUUGUCCUGUGGAAAGACAGACUGACUGUCUCAAUCAUCAAAGUAGGAUGUUUGUUCUCAUCUGGAUGACUCUGCUCCUCUCUGUGAGAUGCAGCAUUGCUGAUGCAGCCAAAGAAGACUGUCAUAAUGGAUCCUGUAUCACCCUUAGUGAAGCAAAUUUAACAGCAGAGGUCGGACUCUGUGUGGUUGUACCAUGUUCUUUUACUACCAAUCAUAGCUCCACUCCUGAACGUUUAACUUGGUACAAAUUUCCAUCAGAGGAAAACAGAAAUGAUUCUCAAAUAAUCUUCAACUCCAACAAGACCAACCCAAAUGUUCAGACUGGGUAUAGGGGACAAGUUUCCCUUUUGGAGCCUGAUCUGAAUAAUAUGAGCUGCAGCAUCAUCAUCAAUGACCUCACCAAGUCAGACUCUGGAUCAUAUCAAGUCCGAGUUGAGGGUGGUCUGAGUGGAGCAACGAAAUCAUCCACUAGAACGUCGAUCGUCAUCAAAGAUCUGAGUCAGAAGCCCACAGUGAUGGUUCCUCCGCUGACAGAAGGACAGCAGACCACACUGACCUGCACUGCUCCUGGUCUCUGCUCUGGAUCAGUUCCUACAAUCACCUGGACGUGGAGAGGAAGAGGACACAACACCACUGAAAUCCCAGGAAAGAUAACAAUUGAGAAUCUGACUGCUGUUACUCAGAGACACAGCUCAACUUUGACCUUUAAUGCUUCAGCUAAACACCACGGCACAAAGAUCACCUGUAAGGUCGGCUUCACAGGCAACAAGACUACAGAGGAGACGGUGACUUUGAAUGUGAUCUAUGUGAAGGACCUUAAACUCCUUGGCAGUACAGCUGUUGAGGAAGGUCGGGCUCUGAAUCUGACAUGCCGUCGUAAAAGUUUCCCUCCGUCUCUUAUCAUCUGGACUAAACUUAGCUCCAACAAAGAAAUUGAAAUGAUGAAUGACACUGGAACGGCCAAUCUUGUCAUCCUUAACAUGACUGCAGAGCAUUCUGGAAAGUACAUAUGUAAAGCAAUACAUCUGAACAAAACCCAGACAAAAAAUGUGACAGUGAAAUAUGUGGAGAAAGCCAGAAUCACCGGGAAGACAACUGUAAGAGAAGGUGAUGCUCUCAAUCUGACCUGCAGUUUCCCGUCGUCUCUUAUCACGUGGACUAAACUCGGCUCGAACAAAACCCUAAAGAGCAACAUGGGAACGGCCACUCUGGUCAUACUUGAUGUGACUACAGAUCAUUCUGGACAGUACAUCUGUACAGCGAAGCAUCCGAACAACACUCUGACAGAAAGAGUCGAUGUGACAGUGGCAUUGCUUCCAAAAGUCCUAAAUGGCUCUGAAUGUGUGGUUGACUCAGGGGUCCUGACCUGUGUGUGUAUCAGUCAGGGGUAUCCCUUACCCACCAUCAAAUGGCCGCUGUUGGAGAACCACACUGAUUAUUCUGUUAACACCACUGUGUUAAAGCACACGGUCAAAAGCACUUUCAUCUUAACUUUACAAGACCACAACAACUCUGCUGUUGAGUGUGUCUGCAGCAAUAAAAAUGGAGAAGAAAAAUGGAACCUCAACAUCAAAGAGAAAAAACAUCAGGGUCAAACCAUAGCAUGGUUAACAACUGUUACUCGGCUGGACAUCAUCGUUGCAUUUUUUAUUGGUGGACUUAUUUCAGCAACUGUCUGCUGUUUUGUGAGGAAAUGCCACAGGAAAAAACAGAGUACCGAUAGACAUCUGGAUGAGACCCUGGAGAUGGUGAACAGUCAACAGGAUCGACUGAUACAUGCUGGUGAAGAAGUGGAAGAUGAUCAGACCCACGACCAAGAGGUGGCUGAAGGAGGGGCGGUGGGGAAAUCAGACGUGGAGUAUUCCCAUAUCAACAUAUCCCUGUUGAAAAGAAAUAAUGCAGCAAAGGCGGGGAAUCACCAAGAGACUGCAGAGACAGAGUACGCUGAAGUAAAGAAAAAAAAAGUGGAUGUGGGGCUAGAUGGAGAGAGCAAAGGAGAGGAGGUAAUGAUAGAGGAGGAUGAGGACACAAAACAUAUACAAGAGGAGAAGGAAGGUGAAGAGGAGGCACUGUAUUCCAGUGUGAAAGAUAUAAUGGAUUAGAUAUGAGGAUAGUUUAGUUCAGAUGGUUAAAGAUACAAUUACAUCAGAUGACAUACAGGCACAUAUCCCAUGUGCAGUUCAUAUGUAAUCCAUAGCAUUGCAACUCCCUGUGAUUUACUGCAUGUGAGAGCUGAGAACUAAAGGAAAAAGGUUAGGGUUGGGGUUAGGGUUAAAGGUUUAAUAAAAGGGGGAGAAUAUGUUCACACUUAAUCUGAACAUUUUCUGUCUGCAAUAUUACUAUCAGCAUGUAAACAGGUUUUGAUAAUGUUAACGCCGGAUUACUUUACAUUAAUAUUAAAAAUAUAGCAAUUUAAGUUUGAAUUAUUUCAUACUGUAAAAUAUUAUUGUUCGAGAAAUAAUGCCAGGAAGCUGAAAUCUCAUUAAAUUAACCAUAUUGGGAUUUUUCAUUGACAUCUAUAAACAUAGUUUGUAUAGAAAUAUAUUGUCUUUGUUUCGCUAAAUAUGUUCAUGCAAUAUUAAAGCAACACUUCAUUUUGCAAACAUGUUUUUUUCUUCUAUUAUUUUUUCCUCUUUUUUCUCAUGUCUGUUCAUAAAUUGUGGAGCUAAAGCCAGAACUGGCUAGCUUAAUUAGAAUUAGACCAGUGGUUCUCAACCUUUUCAUGUCAAGGAUAUCUACACAGACACAAAUCAGACCAUGGACCCCCAUCUGAUAAGGUUUUAGCUUUUUAGAUGUUUUAUUACAGAAAGUGUAUGAAACACAAACAACAAAGUGGUCACACAUUCUGUCAUUGUGUUAUUUAUCGAUGGAAAUAUAGUGAGAAAAAAAACCUCUCAAGGACCCCACUUUGACAACCACUGGCUUAGUAUAAAGACAGACAGGAAGAAGGAAGCAGAACCAAAACAGCUGGCCUGGUUUUAAAUUACACCUGCCAGGAACUCUUAUUGUCAUUAUUUAAUGUAUAUUGUUUCACACUGUAACUGUUUUAACUGAUUUUUAUUUGGUUUUGCUUUGGGGUUUUUUUUGUUUUGUUUUGUCUUCAUUUGAAAUGUGUUUGUAACUUGACAUCAUUGUAAAUUAGGCCGACCUCAAUCUUUGAGAGUCUUUGAGUUUAAAUAAAGGUUUGAA